GGCAGUAUGGCGGACAGAUACGAUUAUCGGGACUCUGAAUCCGACGACCAAGCUCAAGAAUUCACCCCUUUAUCGAGGCGACGGGAGAAUAAUACCCAACAGCAGCCUGAGCGAGAUGUGUACACAACGAAGAUUACGUUGGCGUCCCAUAUGCGUGGACGCGGAGGGACGUCAGACGGCGACACGGGACACGGCCACGGGUCAGGACUGGAUUUCAUGGACUCAUACACAGACACGGAAUACAGUUAUCAGAAAAAUAGAACGAUGACAAUUAUAGCACUAAUCGUAGCUAUCGUUGUUGUAGCCGCAAUACUUGGUGCUAUCAUGUUUAGUAUGUUUGUGUUUAGUGAAAGCAGCAAUAUUAUAGUUUCCGAGCCUACAGUACUACUAGACGGAAACCAUACCCUUACACCCGCACAGUCAUUACAAUUCGCUAAUAAGUGGUUACUAUCGCAACAAGACAGUGAAUACAGUUGGAGCAACACGCCACAAGCGCUGAUCGCGAUACGGCUGGGCAAUCCGAAGUGGUUUCUCAACCAAGCCUUGAGCGAAUUAAGUAUUAAACAAAUGAGCAUCGACCUACUGGAUGAAAUGCUCAAAGGAGUCAGUGUUAAUGAACACGAAGGGGAGCGUUACACAGAUUUCAAGAUGUCUACAGGUGACCUAGCAACGUACAUGAACGCAAUGGCCGCGUCUUGUAUUGACUUAAAUAAUUUCCAUGGUUACAGUAUGACGCGAUCUUUACAUCACGCUAUUAGGACGUUUCCAGCGUCCAAUGAUAAAAACUAUUAUUACUACAGUCUAGCGGUCUUGGCAUUUUGUAAUGCGGGGGAAAGGGGAAUAAAGGAUUACAUUGACAACAUCAAGGCAGCGCAACAAAAGGACGGCGGAUACAAGUACGGUAUAGACACGACGUCGAUGGUGGUGGUGGCGCUGUCAUGUCUAUCAAGCAGCAAGCAACGGAAGACCCAAGUGAUUGAACACAUCCAGGAUGCUGUUAACAAUAUAUUACAUCAACAGAAAGACGACGGCAGCUUCGGAAAUCUACUAAAUACAGCAAAUGCAUUACAGGCAUUACUCGCAACGAAUAAAGAGUGGGAUUCCACCAUCGUACAGAAUGCUUUGAGUUUUAUUACAAGCCGCCAAAAACGAGAUGGCUCAUUCGGCAGUGUGUCCGUGACCGCACAGAUUAUACCAGUACUCGCUAUGAAGACGUUUGCAGAUAUCCGGAAAGUUGCAAAAUGUGAAGAAGAAACGCCCACCUAUAUUGAGGAACCAGAAGUUCUAAUUAAAGUAUUUCUGUCAGUCACGAGCGCCAUUGGGAACGAUUCAACAAUAACACCAAUGAUGUACCCAGUGACAACAGAACAAGGCUCUACUCUGUAUGACGUACUCGUGAGGGCAAAAGAACAACACCAUUUCAGUUUUAUAACUCGGGAAGGUGGUAAGUGGGGGCAUCCCAUAGUGGGCGUGAAUGGUCUGACCGAGGACGUGGAAGACAUCGACGCUUACUGGGCUAUAUGUAUACCGGAGGACGCGGAAACAUCCCUUGGCCUGGAUGACGUCAUACCGCAAGAUGGGGACAAGAUAUUUCUAGUAUAUACACGUACCGUUAACACGUAG